AUGAUUGAGAGUGUUAAGACUAUUUUUGGGAAGAAAAGGUUGUCGGAAUUGAACGCAAGCUUCAGUGCGUUAAUCCUGGACAGGACUUUGGCGUGUUGUGAUAGCCGACGCGAGACGGAAAAUCCUCAAGACACAAACGAACCUGUUGUUGCCCGACGGGAUAUUGCAUGGGUUGGUAUGGAUACCGUUGCACUCCUGGUGGGAAAGGACUUGGACUAUAUUGUUCCGGAUAGCCGGGAACAUUCAUUGGAAUUAUUCUCCUCUGUUGAUUCAUGUUCAACGAAAAUUAAAUUUCAAAAAAAGGGCUAA